AUGAUGGCAUAUCCAAUGUAUGAAGUGGACUGGAGUGUAUUACCGCCAGAACAAAACAGAAGGUUCAACCCAGCUUUUAACAUAGCUACCAUAAAGCAAGUGGUAAAUGAGGCAAUCGAAAGAGUGCGGAUGCCGACUCCGACCCGGCUCCGGGACCUCAUCCGGCAGAUCCGGGCCGCAAGAACCGCGGCCGAAGAGCGCAGCGUUGUCAAUAAAGAAUGUGCCUACAUAAGAUCCACGUUCAGAGAAGAGGACAGUGUUUGGAGAUGUCGGAACAUCGCGAAACUCUUAUACAUUCACAUGCUCGGCUAUCCGGCCCACUUCGGUCAGCUGGAGUGUCUGAAGCUGAUCGCCAGCCCGCGGUUCACGGACAAGCGGGUGGGCUACUUGGGUGCCAUGCUGCUACUCGACGAGCGUCAAGAUGUCCACCUGCUCAUCACAAACUGCCUGAAAAAUGACCUCAACAGCAAUACACAGUUCGUUGUGGGCCUAGCGCUAUGCACCCUUGGGGCCAUCGCUUCGCCGGAGAUGGCGCGGGACCUGGCAUCAGAAGUGGAGCGGUUGAUUAAAUCACCUAACGCGUACAUCAAGAAGAAGGCCGCGUUGUGCGCCUUCAGAAUCAUAAGGAGAGUGCCCGACUUGAUGGAAAUGUUCCUGCCAGCCACGAGAAGUCUACUUACGGAGAAAAACCACGGUGUCCUAAUUACCGGAGUGACGCUUAUCACCGAAAUGUGCGAAAACAGCCCCGACACGCUCAACCACUUCAAAAAGAUCGUGCCCAACUUGGUGAGAAUACUGAAGAAUUUAAUUCAGGCCGGUUAUUCACCGGAGCAUGACGUCAGCGGGGUCUCAGAUCCAUUUCUACAGGUGAAAAUCCUCCGCCUGUUACGGAUACUAGGUAAAAACGACGCCGAUGCGUCCGAAGCGAUGAACGACAUACUAGCUCAAGUGGCAACCAACACUGAAACCAGUAAGAACGUGGGCAACACGAUUCUGUAUGAGACAGUGCUUUCCAUAAUGGACAUCAAGUCAGAGAGCAGUCUGCGAGUAUUGGCGGUCAAUAUCCUAGGACGGUUUCUGCUAAACAAUGAUAAGAACAUUCGCUACGUGGCGCUCAAUACGUUGCUUAGGACCGUGCAUGUUGAUACUUCGGCCGUGCAGAGACAUCGGACCACUAUAUUGGAGUGUUUGAAGGACCCGGAUGUAUCAAUCAGACGGCGGGCCAUGGAGCUAUCGUUCGCUCUGAUUAACGGCCAGAACAUCAGGAGUAUGAUGAAGGAAUUGCUUACUUUCCUCGAGCGGUCCGAUGCUGAGUUUAAAGCUCACUGUUCUAGUGCGAUGGUGCUUGCGGCUGAAAGACACGCGCCCUCGAACAAAUGGCAUUUGGACACACUGUUUAGGGUGUUCCUCAAGGCGGGCAAUUAUCUCCGCGACGACACAGUUUCCAGUACGAUCCAGAUAAUCUCUGCGGCCGCGGCCGAGAGACAAGCGUACGCUUCUAUGCGUCUAUGGACAGCUCUAGAACAAUCCGCAAUCUCUGGAUUGGCCACUGAGAGACAGCCGUUAGUGCAGGUCGCUGCGUGGACGAUCGGAGAAUACGGCGAUUUAUUAGUAUCGGAAGAAAGCAACGCUAUUUCAAUGGCAGAUGAAGACGGAUUUGAUGAAUUCACGCGGCCUUCAGAAGAGUACGUGAUAGACAUCUAUCAGAAGCUGCUUUGGUCAACACAAUUGUCUAUAACCACCAAGGAAUAUCUACUUCUGUCCUUGGCCAAGCUGUCCACCAGGUUUACAACGCAGCCCAGUCAGGACAAAAUACGAGUAAUCAUAGACACAUUUGGAUCUCACAUUCAUAUCGAAUUACAACAAAGAGGCGUAGAGCUAUCCCAGCUAUAUAGACAAUACGCCCAACUACGGCCUGCGUUAUUGGAAAGAAUGCCGGCGAUGGAAGCGGCCGCGCCUCGUAGAGACGACAACGACAGAGAGCCCAGCCCUGAGCCUGACCCUGCCAUACACCAGCAAGACGCGCUGUUGGAUUUGAUCGUUGGCUCGGAGCCCCUAACCAACGGGGACGCGGAGCACAAGACUACGCCCAAUCUCAACAAUAACACCAACGACAUCCUGGACCUAUUGAGCGGGCUAGAUCUAUCAGGCACUGCCCCCCCUUCAGUUCCCGCUACAGUUGCCGCGUCUGUUCCCGCGCCGGCUACUUUACUACUGGACGGACUGUUCAGUCCCGCGCCUCAUAUACCACCCGCAGAAGUAUCAACAGUGACUGCAUUGGAGAAGAACGGUCUUCGCGUCAUUCUCGAAGUGGAGCGAUGGCCUGCUAGCGACGGAGUCACUCUCACGAUGCGGGCCUCGUCACUCGCUACCCUCACCGAUUUCCUGUUCCAAGCGGCCGUGCCCCGGACGUUCCGGUUAGACAUGAUGUCCCCAUCCGGCACGGUGCUGUCGCCGAACAGUGAAAUCACCCAAGUCCUCAAGAUCACUAACCCCACGAAAACGCCGCUGCGUCUCAGGAUACGCGUUUCCUACUCAUCCGAAGGCAACCCCGUCUUAGAGCAGGCGGAGGUGAACAACUUCCCGCCCGACCUUUUCAACUGA